CUCUCUCUCUCUCUCUCUCUCUCUCUCUCUCUCUCUCUCUCGCUCCCUCCCUACUACACAGUGAUUCGGUGUACAGUACCCUCUGUCAUUCUGUGCUGGCAUGGUGCUUGUGCAACUGGGACUGCAUUUUUCGCUGAAGAGGCACAUAGAUAAUAGCGCAGGCAGCUCUGUUCUGUCUAUCUUUCCCCACUCUCUCCAUCCCCUUGUCUGUCUCUGAAGCAUUGUGGUGAGCAGGCCCAAACUCCACUGAACUCCACAGUGUCAGCUCGCCUCUCCUCAAUAUCAAGGAUGGGCUUUGUUAACCAAUAGAAUCAACUGGUAUAGAUCAAAACAACACUGCAUUUCUUCUUGUUUUUCCCAUUUCAAGAAAUAGACCACAUUUUGUGUUGAAUCUUAAGAUGUAUAUUUAGGUGAUAGCAUGCCUGGUACAAAAGAGCAAACAUCUGGACAAAAUCAGAGCACUUACUGUUAUUAAAGCAUUUGUUUUGUCUUCUUAGUUUUUGAAAAGCGGCAGUCCUUGUACCUCUACAAAUUACUGCACUAAUAUUUAAAUGUCCUGCCUGAGGUGAAAGGGUACUUUAAAACGCAUUUUCUCAAUUUGCAUAUCCUUUUUAUUGAUCAGCUCAUCUGAGCUCAAAUUUGUUAACAUAAAUGUGUUUUCAAAAGCUGCAAAAGCACUGAAACAUGAAUAUUAAAAGGUUGAAUUCUAUGCCGUGCCAGCUUAAGCCAUGUCGCCCACUGUGUGUGGGUGGUGGAAAGGGGAAAAAACGGAGAGGUGGCCUGCUCACCUGGCUUGAGUGGCUCUUCUGCUCCUGCGCUAUUGUUUAUGGAGGGGCACUGAGGGCCGCGCUGCAGCAGCAUAGAGCUUUUGACACGUGGAAAAAGGCCACAUCAGAGGUGCUGUUAGCUGUCACUUAGUCAAUAAUGGUAGCACUUACAGACAUGUCCUCUUUAGAGAGUGCACACACACACACAAAAGAAGGCAGGAAGAUGUUCAUCCACAAGCAAACAUAAAAUAAAAUAAAAUAUAUUUAAAAAAUUUAAAUAAAUUAAAAAAAAAUGUAAAUAUCACCAGCCAUGUUAGCUGAUAAAAAAGCAAAUUGAUAGAAAAGAACUUUGCAGGUGCCAGAGUGCCAUGUGCCUGGUGUUCAUUUCUCACUCAGCCUGAAAAUAGUGAUUCAAGUAAAUGCUUUGCAUGUCACAUCAACACACAGACUGAGAGUAUGUAAACACCUGCUCAGAUGCACAGGUCUGUCCUCCUUCUCUAGUGAUGGGAUCUGCAGUAGUAGUCAAGCUACUAGUGAAUGCAUCAGCCCAGCUUCUCGGAGCCCCUCCCCUGCCAUUUAUUGUGUGUGAUCUAUAGGCAGCUAGAGGUCUGUGGUACUUUAUUGGGAUCUUUUUUCUCUUUCUGUCUUUCCCCUUUGGUCUUUUGCUCUUUUUCUCUAACAUUGUUUUUGCAUUGCAUGUGUUAACUGGGUAGCAUUCAGUACUGUUUCCUCUCAACACUCUGUCUUAGUCAUCACUACACUUUUCCCCCCAGAUCCAUUUCUCCCAACGUCUCUUUCUUUCUCUAGUCCUCAAGUCCCCCCUCCUCCCUCCUUCCCCUCUCCUGACCCUGCCAGAGCGAUAUGCAGUGGGCAGCCUCAGAGCCACAGAAACCACACAUGCACACCUGUUAUCUAAGAAACAAAUGUUUACACUUUGCUGUUGGACAGGGAAGAUUAAUUUAUUAGCAGAUAAGGUUUUUGGUCUCUUUGAUUGGCCUCAACCUGUCACCUUAUGUUCAAAACUAAAUGACAUUUGGAGCCUUUUUACUCUGAUCCAAGCACUGUCACUGGCAUUUUAGGCAGGGGAACAUUUUAUCUUGGACUGACCAGGACUGUACAGAGCUAUGAGUGUUUAUGGAGAGCAGCAGGAAGUAGCCACCACCAGCAUUAGCAGUGUUGCAGCUGUCUCUGAAAUGUCCAACCUUGAACACAGUGGCCAUGUCCUCUAGUGCAUAUUGCAUGUGACCUUUUUGUCCUGCAGUACAGACAUUAGCAGUGUCUUAUUUGUUCCUGUAAAUUGUUUGACUCCUGCCACCCAUAAGGUUGGAUGAAGAGUCCAAAUUAGAGGUCAGAUGUCUUCUUCAACUUUGCCCCUUAACAGCCGUGAUCGACAUUUUGGUGCUUCUCACUUAGCACCAACUCUAACCCUUUGAGCGGCAGAUUUGAUGGGGUCAAGGUCAUUGCUGAGGUCCCCUAAAUAUUUUUAAGGUCAUCAGGAGAGUUAAAAAAAACACUACAUAACUAGUCAUUUGAAGAUGUGCUUAAAAUGCUCUUUGAUGAACUGGACAUAGCAGUUACAAUUGAAAUCACUAUAGCCAGUUAGCAAAUUAAAAGCAUUUCAUUGUAAACUAAUACAAACUUUCUGCAGGAUCCCUUGCACUCAAGAAACUAGUCGAGAAAACAAGAGUGUUGAAUGUUGGCAUUUGGUGUCUUUACUCAAUCAUACUUUGCACACUUUGCAAAAAUAAUUUUAAAAACAUUUAUAUUAAUUAGUGUCCUCUUGCAUGUUGUUUUCCCAAUGAGUCAGGUGAUGAAAACUUAAAGUAAAUCCUUUGAAGGUCAGUUUGACGUAUCUAGAGUUACCUCUUUUCAGUGCUAUAUUAUUUACAAGGGCAGGGUAGUAGCAGCUCUCUGUUUUUGUUGUUUGGCUCUUAAAGCACUGAGACAGUUGUUUCCAUUUAGUCACACCUAUCUGAGAGUGACCAGGAAUGUACAGAGCACCAAACACGAGGGAGCAGCAGGAGUUUAUAGGCAGCAACAGAAAGCAGACCCGAUCCGCCACCUGCACCUGCCAAAACACAUUCCACAGGGACCCGAGAAGGGAUCAUGUCUGACUGUGACCCUCUUUUUCACAAGACAGAUUCCUUAAAAAUGUCUUACUCGUCCUUGCUUUCAUCAAAAUCUGCAAAAUUGAAGUUUAUUGCUCAAAGGAAAAUCAUGGAAGGAUCAUUUUUUCUAGAAAUUAGUCGCUCCUCCUUAACUGGGUUAGUAUGUUGUCCUCAUUGAUAGAAUAGUAACACUUCGGGAGCAAUCUCAAUCGUAGUGACUGUCCAUGGGCACACAGGCACACAUACAGACACACACACACACGCACUCAUGGACAUGCUAAACCAUUAAGACUCCUUUAAUACUCUGAGGUCUCUAGGUGGAGUCCCCUGCAUAUCCCUUCCUUUACCCACAUCUCUUUGAUUUACCCUUUGCCAUGCACUGUGCCAAUGACAGCACAAUGCACACUCUUAAAACCACUCCUUCUUGUAGAUCUCUUUUGUUUGGAUAACAUCAUUUUAAUUUUUUUUCCUAUAUUAACAGUCAAUUGGUGGAUUUAUUGACAUGCCUACCUUAUUUUUUCUGUUUGUAUACAGUAUUAUGUUUGUUCAAAGGCAGAGAGAGAUUUGCAUUUAAGAACUAGAGAAGCUAGCAGAAUUGCAGUUGAAAGCGUUUGGCUGGUUUCUUACGUUGUGUCACGUGUGACUGUUCUUUUGACAGCCCAGUAUUUUAAAGCCAGGUUCGUAUGGAAAUGCCUUCACUCCACUUGCACUGCUGUUGGACUCGCCGUCGUUGCUUUCAUCCGUCUGUCUGUCUGUCUAUUCUUUUAGUGCAUUCAUCUGUUGUUCAGCAUGCAGUCCACACCUCAUCCCCGCCCUCCACACUUUGCUCAGCCCAUUCUGAUCUAAUCUAUUUAUUAGCAUCAGCAAUUGCUACUGGUGCCUCAUCCAACCUGCCCUGCCUGCUUUUUAUUUUGUGUUUUUAAAUCUGAUUUAGGCACAAAACAAAACUUUGGACACCCAAGGAACAGUGUGAUAGUUCUGUUAAAGGAGUUGCACUUAAUUCAAGGCAGGGCUCUUGUCUGAGCUUGCAAAAUUUUACAUGUCAUUGUGCAACCCUAGGUUGGGCUUAAUUCUCUUACUACAGUGUUACAAAAUAUUGAAUCUACUAACAGGAUGUGUGUAUGACUGCUGUUGGGGUAGAGCAGAAAUUUACAGUUCCCAGGCUGCUGGUUUAUUUUAGUUUCCUCUUUGUAAUAAGCCCCUGAGAUCAGCCUAAUCCCUCAGGCCAAUAUAAAUGUUUGUGUGGAGGGUGUUACUGCACCAUAAUGCUGCAGUACAGGACAGAAGCAUGCCCACUGUCAAGAGAAAGAGGGGGUGUGGAGCUCACUGCAGCAAAAUCUGCAGUGAGCUCUUGCUUUGCAGAGUGGAACCACGAGUCUUGCAGUCCUCCAGGCUGAAGGAAAUACACUACAGCAGCUCUCUAACCUUUAAUUCUGUAUAUGAAGGGCAUGUUACAUAUGCUGAUUCCAAUGCUAGGUGAUAUACUCCUUAAUAUCUGAAUGUAAAUCGAUACAGGCUGGCUGUCUCCAGUCCUCUUCCCACCAUGUAAGCCUCAGCAGAGACUCCUCUUUUAUCUCAUCCAACAGCGGAGGGGAUCUGACAGUAAUACAGAGCAAGUACAGCACCUACAUCCAUUACCAGGCCUGGUUAUGUGUGAGUGUGUGUAUGUGUGUUCAUGAAAUUAGAUGAAAGGGAGGGGAGAAAAAACAACCCAGCCCUGUUUCCCCAAAGGGAAACAGGAAGUGGCGCAGUUUAGUUUCUUUCUCAGGUGUGAGAGACAAACAUCAGCAGGGUCAUGGGACCAGUUCUAGUUUUGACAGGGAACUGCCAUUGCGCAAUAUUUUACAACUGAAGGUCUUUUUUUUUUUUUCUUUUUUUUUCUUGAGAGUUUGAAUAGGUGUCAGGCAGGAGAGGGCAACAGUUUGCUCUAAAAUUACAGCACCAAAAAUGUAUUAGGCCAAAUGUUAUCCAACUGAGACAUAUGGGCGGAGACGCAGUGUGUGCUGUGUGUGUAACCACCAUCCCCCCUUCACAUGCACUAACCCAUACUAGCCCAGCUCACCUCCACCACCCUAAAACUCCAUCCACACUAUGGCUCAGCCUGCUCUGUCCUGCCCCCCUGCCUCGUUCCUCUUCUUUUGUCAAAACAACUUCUUGAGCUCUGUUGAGCCUCCACCUCCCUGUGCCUGAGCCCACCUGAGACUAACACAGUUGGAGUUCUGUUGCCCCCCAGCCCACCCACCCCCCUUCCCUCUGUAUGUGUACCAUCCACAGUGCGCUACUAACACCGACGUUUCUUUUUGUUAAAACUCUUUAACAAAAAGCUGCAUGCUGUUUUUUUUCUGUUGGGUUUCAACCCAUUCACCUUCUGUUUGUGAAACUUGAUGUCCACUCUCUUUGUGAUUAUAAAUAUCCUUCUUUUUGUUUGGUUUUAUAUGUUUUUUUUUUUUUAAUUCUCCUUUUUUUGGUAGAUUGCAGCACUCUGGUGAAUGUUAGACAAGCCUGGAAUAGUUAUAAUCACAACAGAAAAACACUGCUUAUUAAGAAAUCUCAUUGUUUUCUGUUUAUUUGUGCUUGAGGAUGUACUGUAGUGUGUUAGUUGUGGGACAGUCUUGCAUUUCACGUAAUGUUUUUGUUUUUUUGCUGACCCAUACUAGUGAUAUAACAGUCUCAGUCAUGCACAUUUGGCCCCACACACUGCUAGGGAUUCCUAUUGUGCAUGUUCUCACCCUCCUCUCUAGUCUCUCCGAGUCAUUAUCAGUUGCCUGGUCACGCCCACCUCGUUGAUUUCUGGUUGUAUACUGUUUGCAUGUUUUUUCAUAGCAGUCAUUAGUAUUAAUAAAAAUGCGCAAAAUGCAUACUUUGAAUUGGAUGGCCAACCCUUACUUGCACACUUAUAAUUAAAAAUGUUUUGAAGGUGCUCUGCAGAAACAUACCUCCAGUGAGCUUCUUAAAAAGUGCUUUUUGUCUCAACAAAAUACAAAGAUACAGUGUGGUGAAAGGCCAUCUAGCUCACAAAGUAUGUGUUUUCCAGUGUAUGAAUACCAAUGAUAUCUAUAACCGCCAUCAAGGAAGAGGCAUCAUAAACAGCUUAAAUGGUGCCUACUAAUGAAAUACAAAUAGGAAAUGCCUACGUGGUUGGGACCAGACCGUCGAUAACAGACUGGAGACGCUAGAAGUGUCCCAAGAACAUGCACAAUAGGAACCUCUAGUGUAUUUAAGGGGCUUCAUGCACACAAUGUCUCCCUCUCUUCUACCUGCACACACACAUCCCUUCCUCACACCUGAAUAUUCCUCUCAAUCUUGGGCCUUGGAAUGGUAAUCCAAGGCCCCUUCACUUCACUUCUCUCGCUCUCUCUUUCAAUAUAUUUCUUUUGUGACAGCUGCAUAUUGUCCCAUGGUGCUCCCCUUUGUCAUGGUUAUGGAAUCACAGCAAGCUUGGAGUUUCUGGUCCUUGUUCUGUUAAUGCAAGAUUUCCAUACCUGUUCUGUGUCACUUUUUCUUUGUGUACUAAGAUCUUGCUCUGUAGUGGUUCAUAUAUGUAUGCGAGUGAUACAUAUAUUGCCCUCUUCCUUUCUCCUCCUCCUCUUACUUCUUGGUUAAUAGAUGUGACUUGUGUAUCUAUAUCAGCCAAAAGAGUAGAAAUGCUCAUGCCCAAUCUCUUAGCCCAAAACGAGGUUUUUAACCGCACUCCUAUUGUGGGAGGGUGUCCCGCUCUGCCCCAUCAUUGUUGACACAUGGUUGCUAGUUUACAGGCUACACAUAGCCUCAUUUACCCAUCAACCUCCCCUCACCACUCCUUGUGCUGGAAGACACUGAUGUUACACACUGUAGGUGAUGUGGAUGACAAUGACGAUGAUGAUGAUGAUGAUGAUGAUGAUGGUGGUGGUGGUGGUGGUUGUGCUGAUGAUGAUAGUGUGAUCUGUGUGUUUUUUUUUUUGUUUUGUUUUGUUUUGUUUUGUUUUUGUUUGUUUUUUGACCCGUGCCUACGGGGGAAAGCUCCUCUUAUUAUUGGAAUAUUUUUGGUCUUUUUCUCCUCUGUUCUCUCUGCUAGGAUAACAUCGGGCACCGGCUGCUUCAGAAACAUGGCUGGAAGUUGGGGCAAGGCCUUGGCAAAACCAUGCAGGGUAAGGUUUGUUGGAUUCCCUCUGUAUGUCAGUAUGUGCGCGUGUGCGUGUGGGUGUGUUUCUUUCUCCCACUCUGCAAUUGACCUCAAUGUAACACCCCUUUUACAGUGUAUUGUAGGCUAAUGGCCUCUCUCAGCUUCCUCCUUUUGCUUCAUAAAUCACUAAACCCUUAUUUCAAUCUGCUGAAGUGUAAAGUGUUUUUGAUUUGAACAAAGAACAAAAAAAAAUCCAUUUGAAAUCAGGUAGAUUUAGGAAGCCAUGAUUUCAUCACAUCCCGUAGAAUCAUCAGCUCCAUGUCUUUAGAUUUUAUUUUAUUUUUUUAUAUAUAUAUUUUUUUUCCCUCUUUGAGUGUCCGUGGCUGCUGUUGGGUAUCUGAUUGGCUGUAACCACGGCUCAGACUUUGAAUGGCUUGCAGAGUAGACAAGUUUUCCCCCCUCUGCUUGUUUGCCUGUAUCUACCUCCAAACCUGUGAUACUUUGUGUAUGUGUGUGGUCAUUAUGUGGGACUGAGAUGCGCGCGCGUAUGUGUGUGUGUGUGUGUGUGUGUGUGUGUGUGUUACUGACCGGGCCAUAGAGUCAACUUACAGGGAAAACCUCACGCCACCCCUCUGCACCCAAAAUGUCUCUGUCCCCAUGGUUACACACUCCCAUCCUCCCCUGUUCCUUUGCCCCUCCUGCACAGCAUGCUUGUCUCAGAGGUGCACUCCUGCCUGCCUCAAACUGUGUCACACUCAUCUGGGGCUUUAAGCAGUGUUGGAGGUUAUACACACAUGGGAUCUCACAUCAUAACAGCGCUCCAGAAGAAUGCACAGUUCAAAUCUACAUAGCAAUUGGUCAACCCUGUUUGUUUGAUGUUACACAGCUCUAAGCACUGCUAAAAGCCCGGCUGGCCCUUUUUCUCAGGUACAUUUUCUUUAUGUGUCCACCGUCCUGGGGGGUAAGCAUAUCCCAAAAUGAGCUUGCUCGUUGUGAGCUAGCGAGGAAAUGAAAAGAUCUCUGGAAGAUCUGCUGACCGGGCUGACAAGCGUCUGUAAGGCAAAAGGCUUGUAAGGGGAGAAUGGUGGUUGUGUCUGGCAGCAUCCAUUGAAUUGUCAGGGCCCAGAUGAUCACAUGUUGGGGGGGAAAAAAGAAAGAGAGAAGCAUGAUUAUUUCUCCCCUUAACAGAUGUUAUUUUUAAAUGUAAUAACCCAGGCAUGAUUUGUGGGUUGAUGAAUCUGCUGCCUUUUUCUGUUCAAGCUGAUAUGUCCUCACAGUCAGCUGUUUUUUUAAACAAUCAUUCCCUCACCCAGUACAGCUCCCCCAAGAGUACUUGUCUAAUUGGGAUCUUACUGAAUGCAACAACUGAACGGUUGUCAUCAGAGUAAGGUGAAACUGAUGAACAGAAGGGUAUUACUGAGAAGGGAUUUUGGGCAAUUGGGUACCUUUGGGGCAUCUUCUGGUUGAGAGAACAAGAUGAAGUCUGGCUAGGAGCCUGGGGACCGGGAUGGGUGGUUGGGAGAGAGUGGUGAGAGGAAAUCCCUGUAAGCAUUUAGCCCAGAGUGAAGGGAGGAGGUGGGGUUGGGGGGACACACUGAAGCCCCUCUCAUAAUCCCUAAACCCCACAACCCCACUCCCAACCCCACCCUCCCUUCUCUAUGUGCCUCAAUCUUCCUGCUUAACCAAUUGGUGUUUCUUUUUUACAGCGAUUUGAUCCUGCCCAUGUUGUGCUGAUGGUAAACUUAGUGGACGCACUGACCCUGUGCCCAUCAUCCUCAAAUAUGAUGUCAUGGGGAUGGGACGAAUGGAGAUGGAGCUGGACUAUGCAGAGGAUGCCACAGAAAAGAGAAGAGUGCUCGAGGUGGAGAAGGAGGACACAGAAGAGCUUCGACAGAAAUACAAGGACCAGGUUGAAAAGGAGAAAGCUAUUGCGAAGGCUCUGGAGGACUUGAGAGCCAACUUCUACUGUGAGCUAUGUGACAAGCAGUAUACCAAACACCAGGAAUUUGACAACCACAUCAAUUCCUAUGACCAUGCUCACAAGCAGAGGCUUAAGGAGCUGAAGCAGAGGGAAUUUGCACGGAAUGUGUCAUCCCGUUCCCGGAAAGAUGGGAAGAAGCAAGAGAAGAUGCUGCGCCGGCUACAUGAGCUUGCCGAGCUAAGGAAACAGCAGGACUGUACUCCAGGGAGUGGUCCCAUGUUCAAAACUACCACAGUAGCUGUGGACGGUGAGAAGUCAGAAGAUGGUGACAGCUCAGUGUCUGAGAAUAUCGCAGUGACAGACAGUGCUGCGGAGGGCUCAUCAGGAGUUAAAAGUGGGCAGGCUUCCCCUAAGCUAGGCCCAACCAUCAGUUUCUCUCUGGGGAAGAACAGCUCCUCCUCCCCAACCCCCACUGGGACAUCCAAAGUCAGUGUGUCCUUCUCCUUUGCUAAGAAAACUCCAGUUAAGCUGGAGACAGCAGCUGCUGUGUUUGCUGACCAUGGAGAGGAGGCCAUGGAGGGAGAAGAGGGACAGGAGGGAGAGAAGGCUGGAGGACAGGAGGAGGCAUCAGGCAGCACAGAUAGCCCCAAAGGAGGAACUGAAGGAGAAGGUGGGAGUGUGACAGGAACAGAAGAAAUGCAGCAGCAGGAUGACGGAGCCUCUCUAGCCUCUACUCUGAACAAACUGAAGAUGAUGAUGAAGAAGGAGGAGGGCUAUGCUGGACAGGAGCCUCAGUACUAUCACUAUAUACCUCCAGCUCACUGUCGUGUGAAACCCCACUUCCAGUUCCUGCUGUUCAUGAAGGCAACUGAUCAGUGUGAGAGCAAAGAGGAGGAAGACGAAGAGGAAGUGCAGGAGGAGAAAAAGGUUGAGGAUAGUUCUGAGCAGACAGAGCCCAAUGUUACUGAGUGUAAGACUGAGAAAGAACAAGGAAAGGUCGCUUCAACUGUUGUUCCAGAGCCAACACCUUCGUCACCUAAAGUGAAGACAGAGGAGGCCUCCUCAUGCACAGUAGACACUGCUCCCACAAUAUCUACCACCCCAGCACAGAAAGUAGAGAGUACGCAGGAUGUUCCUGAUACCAAUUUAGGCCCUAAAAUCCCUACAGGUCCUUUUUUCCCUGUCCUGAGCAAAGAUGAGAGCACUACCUUGCAGUGGCCCUCUGAGCUCCUUGAAUUUACAAAAGCUCAGCCCUCCCUUUCUUACAGCUGUAAUCCCCUCUAUUUUGAUUUCAAGCUGUCCCGCAAUAAAGGAGUUCGCGGUGGGAAAGUAGCAAAGUCCCCCAAGACUUGUGAAGAGGCUGAUGAUAAAGGACAAGAGAUGUCUGCUUCAGCAGCUGCAGCAGAUGCAACCACUAACCCUGGGCCCAGCACUGACAAAGAUCAACCCAUGAUGAAGGGAGAGUCUGGCCACUCAGAAGGUGAUGAACAAAAGCCAGCAACUGGCAGCAGUAGUUCCAAGAAGAAGAAGAAAAAGAAGAAGCAUAAGAAGUCUGUGAAGCACUCAAAACGUAAGGGAAAGGAAAAGGGAGCAGCAGAAGAUGGGGAAGGAGAGACUGAGGUCACACAAGAAAAACCCAAAAAGAAGAAAAAACACAAACGAAAGAAGAGCAAAAACAAGGUUCCAGAUCAUGAUGAAGCAGCAGCAGGUGAUGAAAAGGAGAAGUCAAAACCAAAGUCAGAAGAUAAAUCAGUUGCCUCCUCUGUUCAGCUGUCACCCGGAAUGGCAAGAGCUGCAGGACCUUCAGGAGCAGAAUCUGGUAAGAGGAAACGUCCUGCUAAGGAAGUGCCUUCCAAGUCUGGAGUAGAGGAAGGAGGGUCUGGAAAAGGCUCUGACAACAAGGCCAACUCCUCAGAGGAGCACAAUGGAACAAAGAGACAAAAGACAGACUCAAAUGCACCUCAAAGUGCCUCCUGUUCCACCUCAGCCCAAAAGAGUCCUGGCCCAGGCCGACCUCCCAGCAGUGAGAGUGAAGAAGAAGGGGGCCCUGCGACCCAGCGCUCACGCCAUCGCAGGUCAAGUCCUCGGGAACAGCGUCGACACCAUAGCGAAGACUCUGGGCGCUCCUGCAGCCGUUCCUCAAGGCGUGGGGAUAGACGAGGCAGCAGUCGGCGGCACCACCGUGGCCAAACUUCCCGUAGCCACUCAUACUCCAGCAGCUCAGAGCGCUCCUCAGUGGGCAGCAGUGCAUACAGCCACCGUAGCCACAGCUAUUCAGAUAGUUACAGUGACUACAGCAAUGAGGAUCGCAGGAGGAGGCACUCCAAACACUCGACAGACUCUGAGUAUGAACGCAGGGGCAGCCGGGGACGCAGGCGAUCCAGGAGACGCCAGUAUUCCUCUACAUCUUCAGAAGACUCGCGCUCACGCUCACGCAGCCACAGCCGCAGGAAGAGGCACCGGCGGCAUCAUCGGAGCAGCUCUAGGAGCUCCAGUAGCAGGAGCCGCAGCAGUAGUACUCGAUCUUGGAGACGCAGCUACAGCCGUAGCCACAGCUCUGCCAGCCGCUCCUCAAGUUCUACCAAGGGCUCCCCUCACCGACGGGGCCCCAGGAGCCGAGGGGACAGUGACAUACACCGCAGAGACUUCAACCGCUCUCGCAUCUACCGCUCCCAGUCUCCACGUUCAACUUCAUCACGAGCCCCCAACCGCAACAGCCACUCGUCCAGCUCACAGGGACUGAGGCCUGGGGGGUCUCGAGAUGCAGGAGAGCAGAGAAACACCCUUACUGCUCGCCAACUGCUGGAGAAGGUUCAGUCUAAGAAAGGCACUGAUGACCCUUCAACUGGAACAAAAUCUGGCAUUAAGAUCAAGGACCCACCACAAGGUUAUUUUGGUCCCAAACUACCCCCUACCCUGGGAAAUAAAGCCAUGCUUCCCCUUUUUGGUAAGCUGCAGUCAGGGAAGAAAACACCCAUAAUUCCCCUGACUAGACCAGAUGAGGGUGAGAAAUCAGCAGCAGGGAAAGGCUCUGAGGCUGAAGGAGAGGUUAUCCUGGUAGAGCCUAUAAGGGAGUUUCCCCCUCCACCACCACCUCCAGCUCCACCUGUACAGAAGGUUGAGGAAGCCCCACAGAUCACUGUGGUCCAAGAAGAGGCACAGCACCCCAGCACUGAAACCCAGGUACACCAUGAGUCCCGGCCACUGUUCGAACAGGAGCCUUCCAUAUUGAUGCCCCAGUACCAAGGAGAGGCAGGACAGGACCCUUCCCAGAACCCCAUGAUGGAGCCUCUCAUGCCUGAAAUGCAGCAGCAGCAGCCCCCCAUGCAUGCCUAUCCUGCAUACCCUCCACCCACCUUGGAAGAGGAAGGUAUGGAGGCGGAGGAAGACGGCCUGGCUCCUCUGGAGAGUCAGCCUAUCACAUUCACACCAGAGGAGAUGGAGAAAUACAGCAAACUGCAGCAGGCUGCCCAGCAGCACAUCCAGCAACAGCUCCUGGCCAAACAGGUCAAGACCUUUCCCUCUGCUGCUGCGGCUGCAGCUGCAGCUGCUGCAGCUGCAAACCUGGCCCCAGCUCCACCUCCGCCCGCCCUGCAGCAGAUCCACAUCCAACAGCCCGCUGUGUCAGUAGCAUCUGCCACCUCGAUCACCACAGUGCAGCAUGCCAUCCUGCAGCACCAUGCAGCCACUGCUGCAGCCAUGGGCAUCCACCCAGCACAUCCACAUCACCCACAUCCUGCCCAUGCGCAGCUAGCCCAGGUACACCACAUUCCCCAGCACCACCUUACCCCUAUCUCCUUGUCCCCUCUGGGCCCGUCUCUAGGUCACUCUCUGGGACACUCACUGGGACACGCUGGGUUGAUCCCUGCUCACCCCACAGCCUUCCUCUCUGGUCAGCCCAUACACAUUAUCCCAGCCUCUGCACUUCACCACACCCCCUUAGCUCUUCACCAUGUUCCACACACAGCUCUCUACCCUGCACUCUUUACUCCUCGGCCUUCACAGGCUGCUGCAGCUGCAGCCCUCCAACUCCACCCCCUCCUACACCCCAUCUUCUCAGGGCAGGACCUCCAGCACCCCCCAAAUCAUGGCUCCUGAGGAGUAACGGCAGUGAAGCGGCAUAUUUACAGCAGACAAUCAGGCGGAGACUCGGCAUGAGUUGGCUUGGUUGAGACUCGAGCAAGGGCUUUGAAAGAGGCCAUGUACAACAGUGACACACAGGAACCAGGAAGCUCGUCACCAAACCACCGUUGGAACUAGACUGCACAGUGCAGCAAGAUGUAGCCACCAAGUGGUGCUGCCUGUGUAGAAGUCAAAACUGACACUAACAUUUUAUUCUGACUCCUUUGAAUUUAUUUUCACUGUAAUAGCAAUGCUUUGCCCUGAAUUUUUGUUACACAGGGUGAAGAUGUAAAGAGACUUCUCAAGACUUUGGGAUGUAUUGACAAACUACAGGACACCCAUUUGUUUUGAAUGGGAAGCCAGUCAAAAAAACCACUGGAGUAUUUUGUUUUCCACAUUUGAAUAUGAUUGUUAUUUUGGUAGCCCUUGCUUGUUUCCUGCAGUCAGAGAGAGACAACAUGGCUGAAUCCUGUUGUGGGAAAGUAUAAGAUAAGAAGGAAGUGGGUUUGCCCCAGAUCAGAACAGCUCUGACUCUGUAAUGUAACCUGGUUGCUAUAGAGAGCCUGACUUAUUUUGUAAUUAUUAAUACUCUGUUUUGUUUUCAUACGACUACUUGCUCUCUAUUGGAUCCUUGGUCUCGAAACAACUUGUGAUGCAGUAAAUUGUACAUAUAUCAGUGUAUAAUGUGAAGAAUCCCACCAAUAUGAUGCCCAAAUAAAAUUAAUGCUAUGGUAUGGUAUUGGUAUGAAAUUGUCACAUAGGAAACUGCCUCUGAGUUAUGGGAAUUAUGUUUAAGGUGAUCACACAUCCCUCGUACUCAGAGGCACACGUCAUGUUCCUGGUGGUAAAGGUACACCUGGAUAACUUGCACUGAAAUCUGUACAUCAAGAUGCUGCUUUUGCAUCAUGUAAUUAUGAUUGUAGUAUACUGCAAUAAUUGUAUUUUUUGUUUUUAAAUUAUUUUCCAAAAUGCUCUUCAGAAGAAGAGUUGUGUUUUGCUUUUGUGUAAUUUUGUAAAUAAAACUGCUGUAGUCUAACCUGAAACAUUCUAGAGGUUUGAAGCUACUGUUGGGAAAGCAGAAUGAAUGACAACUUAGAAGGAAAAUGGAAUAAUGCAUGUGUAUUUUAUCAAGGCUAUUUCUAAACUACCCUGGCUAAGACGGGCAGGGAUGUAACGGAUAACGAUCUGUAAAACAGUAGCAACUGUAUGUAUUUUUUAAAUCUUAAUGCUUAAGCAAAUAAAAACUUGAGUAUA